AUGAAUGACAGCAAUACGAAACAGCCGCUAAAGAAAAGAUCCCUGAGUAGCUAUCUGUCAAACGUCACUACGAGACUGGAAGAGCUGGAAAAGAUAUCUAAACAAAAAACACCAGAAGAAGAUACUGUCAGUGAGCAGAGACGGAAAGAACUAUUGUCGGAAGAUACAAAUCGUAAACUUCAAGACAAGGCCGUGUCGUUGCAUACAACGGAUGCGAGUAUCCCUGAUGGUACUCCAGAUAAUUUAAGUGCAAAGGACUCCGAAGCUCCGAUCCAGCAAAACGAUGCAAGCUCACAUGAACGAGAAGUAAGCCAGAACGAUCGUCUCAACGGUCUAUCAGAAACGAAUGGAAAAAUGAGCCAGGUAAGCCGAGCGACGACUUCUUCAUCAUCCAAUGUACGUAAUAUCGAUAUUCAAAGCCAUCAACCUUUUUCAAGAGACCAGCUACGAGCGAUGUUAAAAGAGCCAAAGAGGAAAACUGUGGACGAUUUCAUUCAAGAAGAGGGCUUGGGAGCCGUUGAAGAAGAAGAUUUAAGCGAUGAGGUUCUCGAAAAAAACGUAACGGAACCAGGCGAUGAGGAAAGAGACAUAGAAUAUAGUGAUUCAGAUAAGGAUACAGAUGAUGUGGGGAGUGACGAUCCAACGGCACCAAAUUCUCCGAUUAAACCAGGCCGUCGCAAGCUGGUUAGGGGUGACCAACUUGAUACAACCACAAGCUCCAUGUUUAAUAAUGAAUCAGAUUCCGAGCUAUCAGAUAUUGACGAUAGCAAGAAUAUUGCCUUAUCGAGUAGCUUAUUUAAAGGUGGUUCUUCUCCUAUCAAAGAGGCUAACAGAAAUGUCACCAGUAUGAGUUCUUCACCAGCACAGAAUGCUAAAGAGGGCACUAUUGCCAAGACUAACGACGGUCACAAAAAUUCUCAUAUAGCUAUUCCCAAACGUCCCAAACAGAAAAAAGGUAUUUAUAGGGAUUCUGGUGGUAGAACAAGGCUACAAAUUGCUUGUGACAAGGGUAAAUUUGACGUGGUAAAGAACAUGAUUGAAGAAGGCAGUUACGAUAUUAAUGACCAGGACAAUGCUGGUAAUACAGCGUUGCAUGAAGCAGCCUUGCAAGGUCAUAUUGAAAUUGUAGAACUUUUGAUAAAGAAUGGUGCGGAUGUAAACAUUAAGUCUAUCGAAAUGUUUGGUGAUACCCCUCUAAUUGAUGCCUCCGCCAAUGGCCAUUUAGAUGUUGUCAAAUAUCUCCUUAAAAAUGGUGCGGACCCAACCAUACGUAAUGCCAAAGGCUUGACUGCCUUCGAAUCUGUAGAUGAUGAAUCUGAAUUUGACGAUGAAGAAGAUCAAAAAAUAUUACGCGAAAUAAAGAAAAGAUUAAGUGUAGCCGCCAAAAAAUGGACCAAUGGCACAGGACCUCACAAAGACAUGUCCAAUACUGACAACAAUACGCAUAUAACGGAUCGUUCACAUUUUGAUGAUAGUGCAAGAACCGAUAACAAAAAAGCUGCUGACCCCCCUGCUACGUUCUCUAAUAUUGACGAAAAAGCUCCAGAGGAGGAGUUUUAUUGGACGGAUGUUACUUCUAAAGCAGGUAAAGAAAAGUUAUUUAAAGCUUCAAAGGAGGGUCAUUUACCAUAUGUCGGUACAUAUGUAGAAAAUGGUGGUAAGAUAGAUCUAAAGUCUUUUUUUGAAAGUGUUAAGUAUGGCCAUGAAGAUAUUACAAGUAUCUUUUUGGCAUUUGGGUUUCCAGUUAAUCAAACUUCAAGAGACAGCAAAACAUCUGCACUAAUGAUGGCUGUUGGUCGUGGGCAUCUUGGAACCGUUAAACUGCUAUUAGAAGCAGGGGCAGACCCAACUAAAAGGGAUAAAAAGGGACAUACCGCUUUGUACUAUGCCAAAAACAGCUUAAUGGGGAUAACAAACAGUGAGGAGAUUCAAUUGAUUGAAAGUGCCAUGAAUAACCAUCGGAAAAAACACUCGGACAAUAUCAAUAGUAGUAGUAAUGAUAAUGAUAAUGAGGAGGAUAUCGAAACGUAUAAUCAAGAGACACAUGGAAAGAGGAAAGAAAAAUUGCAGUCGCCCAUUUUAACGAGUCGAAGAUGUGUCACACCUAAGAUCGAAGACAAUGACGAUGAUGCUGGAAUUCCCGACCUCGCAGAUGAUGGCCUGGGUGAUGAAUAUAAUGUCAAGAAUUCUAUUGCUUCCAAUUCAAAUACGAGACCAGCAGAAAAUGAAAAUGAUGCUAUUCAAUAUCCACUUGACUGGAAAAAACGUAAGGCAAUUGUUUUGCAAGAUGAAGAAAAAGCAAAAAGCGUUUCACCACUUACUAUGGAACCUCACUCUCCUAGGAAAAUUAAGUCUGUAGAAAUGAACAAAAUUCAUGAAGAAACUGCUGAUGAGAGGGAAACAAGGCUAAAAGAAGAAGAGGAGUACAGGAAGAAAAGAUUAGAGAAGAAAAGAAAGAAAGAACAGGAAUUACUGCAAAAGUUAGCCGAAGAUGAAAAGAAAAGGAUCGAAGAACAAGAGAAGCAGCGAGUUUUAGAAAUGGAAAGACUGGAAAAAGCUACUUUGGAGAAAGCCAAACAAAUGGAGAGGGAAAAAGAAUUGGAAGAAAUUUCCUAUAGACGGGCCGUAAGGGACCUAUAUCCGUUAGGAUUGAAGAUCAUCAACUUCAAUGAUAAACACGAUUAUAAGAGAUUUCUACCGCUUUAUUAUUUCAUAGAUGAAAAGAACAAUAAACUCGUGCUUGAUUUACAAAUAACAAUAUUAUUGAAGGACAUGAAUUUGCUCUCAAAGGACAAUCAACCAAUGUUUGAGAAGUUUCCUGUUGACCCUAAAAAUUUGUCUUCACUUUGGAAUAUGCUUAAAUUCAUUUUUUUGUACGGAGGUAGCUAUGAUGAUGACAAAAGUGAUAUGAAGUACAACAAAAGAUUUGUAGUAAAUUUCGAUGGCGUUGAUUUAGAUACAAAGAUUGGGUACGAACUUUUGGAAUACAGAAAGUUCAUCAAUUUGCCCAUGUCAUGGAUUAAGUGGGAUAACGUUGAUAUUAAAGACCCCACAAAAAGGAAGGAAAUUGAAGACAAUAUGAUUCAAAUAUCUAUAAACGAGUUUACACACCUAAGAAACGAUAAAGUCAAUGAAUCGCAACAACCAAUACGUAAAAGACGUUGUAUAAAAGUACCGCGAGAGCUGCCAGUUAAAUUUCAACACCGUAUGUGCAUAUCUUCCAUUCUUCAGCAGACAUCAAGGGAGCCACUUUGGUAA